UAUUUAAAGCGACGCAACUAUGGAUCGCGCGAACGUUUUCCAUCGGCACUAUAGAGGGUAACACUCAAGAUUCUGCCUGGUUUUUCAACCGACAGUCUUUGCUUCGGUGUUUGAGAAGAAAGAAGAUACCCGUAUUUCCAGCCGUACUGCAUAUAAUCGCUAUGGUUAAUCAGAUCGCUUCCUUCUCCUAUCAAGUGGAGAACAACGGAGGCAAGGAGGGCACCGCAGAUUUCGAGAAAGCCAUCAAGCUAUGCGGCUAUGGAAAGUUCCACUAUGGUUUCUUGCUACUCUGCGGUGCAAUGUUCAUUUGCGUUGGCUUUCAGAACGGGAUAAACGCGUACAUUUUACCAUCCGCCGAAUGUGACCUCGGCCUGACAUCCGAACAGAAGGGUCUUCUGAACGUCGCCUUCCUCUUAGGAGGAGUUAUAAGUUCCCUUUUCUGGGGAGUGCUCGCCGAUGCCUACGGAAGGAAACAUAUUCUUCUCUUCACUCUGUUGAGUGACAGUAUUUUAUCAAUCGGAGGAAGUUUCUCUCAAAGUUUCAAGGUGUUGUUAAUUUUCAGAGCGCUCAGUGGAUUCUUCAUUGGUGCUCCUGGUUCUCUAAUCUACACGUAUCUCGGCGAAUUUCACGCGGCGAAACAAAAAUUAAAAGCUCUUUGCUACAUUGGAUUCUUCUGGACCGUAUCAUGGUUAAUAUUGCCUGGUUUGGCUUGGAUCAUCACACCAUUGCCAAUAUCCCUUCAAUUCAACGGCAUGUUGUACAAUUCUUGGCGACUCUUUUUGGCUGUUAUUGGAGUGCCAACGUUGAUAGUAACUCUGAUCACGUCCAGAUAUCCCGAGAGUCCGAAAUUCUUGGCCUCCCAAGGGAAAACGGACGAGGCGCUGGCGAUUUUGCGAAAAAUCUACGCAACGAACACCGGUCGCAACGAGGACGAAUAUCCGGUAAAAGUCUUGCUAUCCGACGACAUGAUGAAUAUUAAUAACCGUAACAGAUCCUUCUCUGCGUCCACAGUGCUGAUGGAAUUACUGAAAAAUAUUUGGCAGCAGGUGCGUUUGCUUGCGUCACUGCCACUUUUGAAAUACGCGCUCCUCAGUUGGACCAUUUACUUUGCGAACAUGUUCGGGUAUUACGGGUUCGGUUUAUGGCUGCCAGAGCUGUUCAAUCGUUUCGAGAACUACCACAACCUGUACCCGAAUCGAACGGUAACCGUUUGCAAGUUAAUCCGAGAGCACGAUCUACAAGCUGCUGUCACGCCGGCGCAAGAUCUUCCAGUCAACUCGACCAACAUUUUAAUUAACUCGACGAGCGUCGUUUGUUCCUCCAACUUGGACGAGAUGGUGUUCGUCAAUUCGCUGACGAUCAACGCGUUUUGUUUACUGGGCAAUCUCGCGUCUGGUUACUUGGCAAACCGUGUUGGCCGACGAACGAUUCCAGUGACAACCAUGCUGUUGGCCGGAAUCUUUGGCUUCGUGAUAUAUUUCGUCAACUCCUCCAUGCAGAUUCUCAUAGUGAGCUGCAUGUUCUCGCUGAUGAUCGUCACGGCGAAUUUCGUCAUCAGCUGCGUCGUGGUCGACAUAUUCCCAACGAACGUGGGCGCCGUCGCGAUCUGCAUGAUGACCUGUUUCGGUAGAAUCGGCGCGAUCGCCAGCAACCUGGCCUUUGGGAUGUUGCUCGACAUCAGUUGCGAGGUGCCGAUCUUUCUGGUCGGCGGUAUAGUCAUCUUCGGAGGGUUUCUAGCGUUGAUUCUUCCAGAGAGAAAAGGUUGAACACUUCCCGGUGCGAGAUCAAGAUACAAUACGCUUAUUGCGACGUGUGACGUUCGAUUCGCUCCAAUACAUUCCAUAACGCGAUUGCAUCGUCGAUAUUUUUGUGAAAUAUCAAAAUUCGUGAACGAUUUGCCAGAUGUUCCGCAAGUCAUUGUAACGGUAUGCGUGUUCUGUGUGUGCACGAGUGAAGUGUGUCGUGAUCAUCAUGUAAAUACGAAAAAUCUGCUGAACGAGUGAAACGAAAGAUGUAUUAUAGAAUAAGAACGAAAAAGACCAUGAUAUUUUC